ACUGCCAACAAUUCUGUGGUUUCGACGCAAGAUAUUAAGACAAUUACUUCGGGCGAACUCAGCGGUGACUCUACUCUGAAGGCAGCCACAGUUAUAGACAUUGACGACGAUCUGAAUAUGGCUCGAGUCGUGCCAAUAGAGUCAGUGGAGACAGGAGUGGCCCGAGCGGUGACCAUCACUGAGGAUGACGUGGCUUCGGCCAAGUGUACGGUUUCGUCUACACCACAACUCUUAGACGAAGACAACGACUCCGUGUUUGACAAGCGUUUCGACGAAAUGGGAAAAAACUUUUGGGAGACAUCGUAUGGAAAGUUCAAGUUUACGAUCGAAGAGUUGCCACCACAGGAACAGCUCGUGUAUGUGUUUCUCAAAGAAGUGAGCGCUCACAACGACGCCGACGUUUUAUACCAUUUAUUAUAUUGUGUGAAACUCAUGAGUUUGCACUCAGAAGUGCUCAAUAAAGCGGCCAAAAAUAACAAAGGAUUUGUCAUCUGGUGUCAGGAAAACCUUCUGAUACCUAACCUCUGGAAACUCUUGCAGUCGGAGUUCUCGCAGAUCUCACAGCUUUGCGUUCCGUUAAUACUCCACUGCAUUACACUUCCGUCGGGAACCACAAUGUUCUCCAAAGUAGUCGAAGAGGACUUCCAUAACAACGACUGGAGGGCGCGCUUCGCGGCCGUCGAAAGGGUCACAACAAUCGCACACUUCGUAGAGCCGGUGACUGUUAAAAACAGUCCACUACUUCAGGGCUCUCUGGCCACAGCUUUCUGCUAUUUAGUCCAUUGUUUGGAUGACAUCGAAGCCAAUGUCGCACAACGAGCUCUGCUUAAUCUCGAAAUGAUUAAGACUUCAUCACUGAAGUUGUUGUUAUGGUGUCUGGAAGUGCAGUUCGAUUUGACGUUUUCUUUCGUGGGACUCUAUACGGACGGCCAGUAUAUCGAAGACGACGGCAGGUUUGAGCCCAACUGGUCCUCCGCUGCCAACUGUUGGUUCACUCUCUUCACCGGAUUUACGCUAUUUCUCAUCGCUUUCAUACAAAUGAGCCGUAAAUUCAUACUUCUCUAUAAAGGAGUCGAUAGUACAUUUCUAUCGGCAUUCAUGGACACAGUGUUGUCAAUAUUGGCCACUAUUCUUGUGGUAAGCGAUGCCGUAAUUGUGACCAAAGGUUUCUCUGUUUGGUGUCAAUCAGUGGAGCAAAGUUGCGAAACCGCCGCCUCUGUUAUGGUAAUAGGGGUUAACUCAGGCAUUGAUCCCAAGGGCUUCUUCUUAGAGCUCGGAAGUGUUCAGUUUGGUAUUUGGUUUUUAUUGGUCUGUUGGGUGUUUUCACUGGUGUUGGCCUCACGUAAACUCUUCAUAUAUCACGAAAGAGAGAAUAUGAUCGUAAGUAUGACCCGAGAGAGGCAAAGGCAUAUCGGCAACGAUUACACCCAUAUUGUCACCUAAUCUUAAUCCUCUUCACUCAACCAAUGGAUUGAAUUUCUCGUUUUAUGUCGAUUUUGGUGCGAAAUCUUAAAUCCGCACCAAUUGUUGUGUAAAUAUUUAUCUUAACUUUUGUUUCUAAAAAUAACAUUAAAGAAUAAAUAAACAUAUUUUUAGAGUUUUAAUUCAAA